UUCCACGGGGACUUGCGUGGAAACUUUCAGAAUCAUAUCAAUUCAACAAUGCCAAAUCUAUUGAAUCGCUAUCCUGAAAGCGAAGCAGAGGAAAGGUAUGAUGUUUACGCCUGCAUCGAAGAAAGUGUUGGGUAUAAGGUUCGUGGUGAUGAACAAUCGGAAUUGCUGGAAGUUAAAACUCGCCUUGAAAGAAAAAAACGAGGUGCAGAGCAAUGGCAAAAGGAACUUAUUCCCCGUCAAGCAAACAGCAAAGGGGUAUACCCCACUCUUGCGAAUGAUGUGAAGGCCCUGCUCAAGUCGGAUGGCCGAGAAAUAAACAGCGUAUCCGAAGUCAAGCUCGACAAAUCGAGAAUAAUCUACAGAGUCUAUCAUUCGGGUACGAGAGAGCCUGAUGAGAAGUACAAAGGAGUUUCGGUCGAGUGCACAUUGAUCAAGACUACUUCCGGCGCAAAGUUCACAUCGAUCUGUGUAGAGCACAGCAAGCAUGCAGACAAGAUUUACUCUGUCAUUGAGGAGCUGAAAUUGUCAGAAUUUGAGAGAGAAAGGCUCAUUGUUUGUCAAGAAGCCGACCAAGCUCAGAAAUCAUGGUUGAGUGUUGCCUGCAUGGGAUAUCCAGGUUUUGUGAAGUUCUUGUCCGAUCAUCAGAAUGGAGCUCGUCAUGGUGCAAUGUCACAUGACUGAAUGUAAGGCUCUCAUUCA